GAUCAAUCAAAAAAGAAGACGACGACAUUCGAAAGUCUCUCAAGUUCUUGACUAUCAGCCCUAUCUCGAGUCUCAAUCCUUCAAUCCUAGUCCAUAAUGUCAACAAAACAGGGGAAAAAAGCAAAGCGAAACUCUUCCGUCACCUUCCAUCAUUAAAUUAGGAGAUGGAUGAUGGUCGAAGAGAUAAAAGCUACUAUUCAUAUUAUGUGAAAAACUAGCAAAAAGAAGUGAAAACAUGAGAAUGGACGUGGCUCAAGUGUUGCAUAUGAAAGGAGGCACUACAGAAACAAGCUACUCAAACAGUUCUUUAUUCCAGCAAAAGGUGAUUUCAUCAACAAAGCCCAUAAGAGAGGAUGCUAUAACUUGCUUCUGUAGAGAAACAAACCCUCGAAACCUAGCAAUUGCAGAUUUGGGCUGUGCCUCUGGACCAAACACUUUCUUCCUCUCCUUUGAUUUGAUUGAAACUGUGGAGAAGCUUUGCAGAGAACUAAACCAAGAAGCUCCAGAAUACAUGAUCUUCUUGAAUGACCUACCAAGCAACGACUUUAACACAAUCUUUAAGUCUCUUGAAAGCUUUAAACAGAAGCUAAGUAAGGAAGUGGUUGGUGAGACUGGUCCAUGCUACAUCACUGGUGUUCCUGGUUCUUUUUAUGGAAGGAUUCUCCCUACUAAAUAUUUGCAUUUUGUUCAUUCCUCCUACAGUCUUCAUUGGAUGUCUCAGGUACAUAAAUAAGUGAUUUUAUUUCUUUUAAAUUGUAUUGAGUAAUUUAAUUCAUGGCUGUCAGAAUGUGAUCGAACCGGAUGGUUCAACCAAGAACUAGCAUAUGGUAGUCUGGUCAACCAUCAGAGUCAGAUGAAAAGCAAACGUAGGUGCAAAACCUAUAAAAUCUAGUAAAACCGUUUUUUUUUAAUUCUUAAUAACCCAAAACUAUGCUAUUUUGUGUUUUUAUUUGUUUUGUGAUUGGUUUUUCUUUGGUGUCAUAUAUGAUGACUCAUUAGUUAUUUUGGUU